AACAAUGCGGGGAAUUUUGGUCGUCGUAGUCUUGUCAGAAUCUGUGCGUACGUGAGAGGCUGGAAACUGUUAGCAAGCGACGGGCCCAGGCGAUUUUAAUUUGUUUUACUUUUGGGAGAAGAACAAGGCUACUCAGAAGUUGCAGGAGGACCACCAGGCAUGUCCUAUGUUUUCAUCAACGACUCGCCGCAGACAGUGCCAUUACUGCAGGCCUGCAUUGACGGCGACCUGAGUUACAGCAAACGCCUGUUAGAAUGCGGCUUUGACCCCAACACCCGGGACUGCCGCGGACGCACGGGCAUGCACCUUGCGGCUGCCAGAGGGAACGUAGACAUAUGUCGCCUCCUGCACAAGUUUGGGGCAGACCUCUUGGCCACGGAUGUUCAAGGCAACACUGCCUUACAUAUGUGUGGGCAUGUCGACACCAUCCAGUUUCUGGUGUCCAAUGGACUGAAGAUUGACAUCUGUAAUCACAAUGGAGCAACCCCUCUUGUUCUGGCAAAAAGGCGUGGUGUGAACAAGGAUGCACUUCGUCUUUUGGAGGGACUUGAGGAGCAAGAGGUGAAGGGCUUCAACCGAAGCUCUCACUCCAGCCUGGAGAAGAUGCAGUUGGCUGAGAAUGAAAGUGCCAUGGAAAGCCAUUCCCUUCUCAACCCUCACCUACAUGACAAUGAAGGAGUUCUCUCCAGUUUUCGUACCACCUGGCAGGAAUUUGUGGAAGACCUUGGAUUUUGGAGGGUGUUGCUGUUGCUGUUAGUCAUCGCCCUAUUGUCCCUUGGUAUUGCCUACUACGUCAGUGGAGUGCUGCCCUUUGCAUCCAACCAGUUAGAGCUGGUGCGUUAAACCACAUUAAGACAAUUCCAAUGCAUCUCCGCUCACUACACCCAUAUCUCUGUCAUGAUGAUGCCAUGCUAUGGACUUAUCCUGGACCAACUGAUAAAUCAUGUAAUAAAUAAUAACUGCAUACAAGGAUGUAUUAAGAUGAUCAAAAAGUAAUUGACAACAAAAUCUGUGUGGUAUAACUAAUUGCCAAGAUGAAUGUUAAGCCUAUUGAGGAAAGAGGUAUACUUUGGCGCCCUCCCCUUGUUGGCUUGAAGCGUGCACAACUACACACAUUUUACAGAUCUUCUUUGAUCUGUUGUAAUAGUUGGUGAAAAUCUACCAACUUGGCCUACUACGAACAUUUCGGUUAUAAAAUCUACGUUUUUAUACAUUUCAUGCAAGCACUAAAGAAGCGAAGAAUGACAUGCCGAGUUAGAUUUAGGCUAUUUUGUUCCCUUUAUUGUACGUUUCAUAAUGAUGUCUUAUUUGUACUUUGUCCAUGGUAAUAACAAUAUUACUCAAUAAAGUGUUUGAAUGACUUGCUUUAAAA